AUGGAUGCUAAUUCUUCACAUGCUUUUGUGAAUCCGCCCACCACCACCACUCCUACUACUAAUACGAGAUCAGAUGCCAAUGCAACUAGUGUAAGUGCAAAUAAAGAUAUGGCAUGGGAAUGGGGAGUUCAAAAGGAUCCAUUAAAAAAACAAAAUAUUUGGUGCACCUUGUGUAACAAGAGAGUAUGUGGAGGGAUCACAAGGUUAAAAGAACACCUCACUCAUACAGGAGGAAAUGUAGCUGCUUGCCCUAAUGUGACUACGGAGAUCACUAAGAAAGUGCUUGAAUCAAUGAAAGAAAAAGAUAAGAAAAAAAAGGAAAGACAAAGAACAAUGGAAAUACUUAGAUCAACAAGUUCUAUAGACCUUUCUGAAAAUGAUGAUGAGCAAGACGAUACCCCACAACCACAAGUUACAAAAAGAAAGUUUUUGAAGAAGGUAGCUUGGAAAAAGAUUGCAGUUUGGGCUUAUUCGGUAGGCUUACCUUUCAAUGUCGUAUGUGAUGAAGGUUUCCAAGAUGUGAUCAAUGCCAUUGGAGAAUAUGGAAGAGGCACGCCGGCUCCAAUUUAUCAUAAUAUGCAGGUGACAUUGUUAAAGGACGUGUUAGAAGAUACCCACAAUUUUUUAGUCAAUUGUCCUACUGGUACAGUUUUUCUAAAGUCGAUUGAUGCAUCAGAGCAUAUACAUAAUGCUGAAUAUGUUGUGAAGAAGGUAAAUGAGGUGAUAGCAGAAGUUGGAGAGGAAAACGUUGUGCAGUUUAUUACAGACAACGGUUCAAACUACAAAGCUGCAGGAAAUAUUUUCGAAGAACAACAUCCAAGAUUAUUUUGGACUCCAUGUGCAGCACAUUGUGUGAAUCUCAUUGUACAAGAUAUUGGGAAGAAAGAAGCAACAAUCGCGACCGCUUUGAAUGAAGCAAGAGCUAUUGUGGUUUAUAUUUAUAACCAUGGAAGGAUUCUCAAUAUGAUGAAAAAGUUGACAAAGAAUAGAGAGUUGCACAGGUCUUGUGUAACUAGAUUUGCUACCCAAUUUUACACCUUACAGAGUGUCCAUGAGAAUCAACACCAUGUCCAAGUUUUGUUUGUAUCUGAGCAAUGGAGAAAAAGUGACUUUGCAAAGAAAGCUCCUGGAAAGAAAGUUGAGAAGAUAGUAUCAAAGCAAUCUUUUUGGGAUGGUGUAUAUUUAGCUUGCCAAAUAUAUGCUCCAUUAGUGGAUAUUGUUCGUUUGGUUGACACAGAAGAAAGACCGUGCAUGGGGUACAUAUAUGAUGCGAUGAGUUGA